AGCCUCUUAUCAAAAAAGCAAGCAUAGCAUAGUAGUAGUGUAAUGUUGUAUUAUCAAUUUAAAAGUGUCAAAUGCAUGCUUUGGUUGUGACUCAUCAUUUGAUUUUAAGAAAAACGCUCACACUAUCGUUUUCCCCAGUUAUUCUUUAAGAAAAUGUCUUUCUCUGUGUAAACCUUAUUCUCUUUUGCGCACCGAAGUGUGUGCAAAGGUAACUCAUCACUUUUUAGCAAUCUCAUUUCGAACAGACGAACAGUUUCUAUUCGCCUCAUUUUUAUCGCAGGUGCUGUAUUGUAAGAUGCUUCGACCUAAGGUCUUGUCUCAGGUUUUAAGUCAGGCUAACACUGGAGGAAUUGAAAAUACCAUGCUUCUCAACCUAGAAGGGGCUUUACUAGCAUACAGUGGUUUCGGAGAUAAUGAUGCCACAGUGACAGCUGCCAUCGCUAGCAAUUUGUGGUCAAUUUAUGAAAAAAAUGGAAGAUCUGCCCUUAAAGAGGACAACCUGAAGAUUCUGCUCAUUGAGUGUAAUGAAGGUAAAGUGGCAAUUACGCAGGUGGCCAAUCUGCUUCUAUGCCUUUAUGCGAAGCAACCGAUUGGAUUUGGAAUGCUCCGUGAGAAAGCCCAAAUUCUGGCUGAUUAUCUUGAUGGACCUCUGAAAUUGAUAGUUACCUCGUGAUUUUUAAUGUUUGCUUAUUUCCUAAGUUUUCUCUUUUUUUUCUUAUGUCUUGAUCCGUUUUGUCUUUGUUCUAUUUUAUAUUUAAAUAAAGAAGAAUAAUUAUUUUUUAAUGUAGAA